CGGGCCUUGACUUUGACACAUGAGAUCUAAUGGUUUCAUCUUCUGAGCUCCUAUCUUUAUGGUAGUUUAUUGAGAGGAUGGAGGACAAUAAAUGUCUGAUUUCUGUUGAUUCUUUCACUUUGGGGUGCAGGAGCCUUGCUCAAAGGCAAUCAAAGUCCUGGAUUGUCCUAGCCGUCCUCCGUAGUCUUUGGCCCCGCGAGCUGCGCUGAAUCUGACGCGUUUUCGCAUUUCCUGCGCAGCGCUGCCACAGCCGCGCGGUGGGGGAGUGGGGGCGGCAGCAGGAGCGGGGUUUGUGUGUCCGCGGGAAGUUCCACGCAGCAGCAGCAGCAGUGGAUGAGAGCAGGCCCCGCUGCGGGACUGUUUACCUCCCCGCCCCUGCUGCGGCACACGCCAGCCGCCGUCUGCUCGCAGCGGUCCGAGCUCGAACAUCUCUGAGGAGCCGCUGCUGCCGGCAGGUAUCCGGACCCCCCCACGGACCCCCCGCGUCAGAAAACAAUGUUUUGACUUGAUUUCGGUACCCUUGAAGCAGUUCAUGUUUCUUCCGCGCACUUUUAAGGAAGGCUCCCCGGGCUGACGGGGAAUUUCCAACACGUUCGUCUCUGAAAAAACACACAAGAGUUCGCGUCGGAACCGAACCACCAGUUGAACGGAACCUUCCGCGGCGAAAACGAGUGCCGGCGCCAUGGUGGUCUUCAACGGACAGCUGAGGAUCAGGAUCUGCGAGGCUCUGGACCUGAAGCCCACCGCCUGGUCGCUGCGCCACGCCGUCGGCCCGAAGACCCAGACCUUCCUGCUGGACACCUACAUCGCCCUGAACGUGGACGACUCCCGCGUGGGGCAGACCUCGACCAGGCAGAAGACCAACAGCCCCACGUGGAACGACGAGUUCACCACGGAGGUGCACGACGGCCGGAGGAUAGAGCUGUCAGUCUUCCACGACGCGCCCAUCGGCUACGACGACUUCGUGGCCAACUGCAUCAUCCAGUUUGAGGACAUCCUGCACAACGGCAAGCACCUGGAGGAGUGGGUUGAUCUGGAGCCGGAGGGGAAAGUCUAUGUUGUUAUUGACCUAAUAGGAUCUUCCAGUGAAGCUGCGGUCGCGUCUGAAAAUGAAGAGAGAGUUUUCCGGCAGCGGAUGCGUCCCAGGAAGCGGCAGGGCGCCGUCCGCCGUAGGGUUCACCAGGUCAACGGGCACAAGUUCAUGGCCACCUACCUGAGACAGCCCACCUACUGCUCCCACUGCAGGGACUUUAUCUGGGGCGUUUUGGGGAAGCAGGGCUACCAGUGUCAAGUGUGCACCUGUGUGGUCCAUAAGCGUUGUCAUGAGCUCAUCAUCACCAAGUGUGCGGGCAUGAAGAAGCAGGACAACACAGUGGGAGAGCCAGUCGGGUCUCAGAGGUUCAGUGUCAACGUCCCUCAUAAGUUCAGCAUCCACAACUUCAAAGUCCUGACCUUCUGUGACCACUGUGGGUCUCUGCUGUGGGGGCUGCUGCGCCAGGGGCUCCAGUGUAAAGUGUGUAAAGUAAACGUACACCGGCGCUGUGAGAGCAACGUGGCGCCGAACUGCGGCGUGGAUGCCAGAGGAAUCGCUAAGGUCCUGUCAGACCUCGGGGUCACCCCGGACAAGAUCUCCAACAGCGCCCAGAGACGGAAAAAGCUUCCACAGAUUCAGGAUUCCCAGCAGUCUUUAUCGGAAGCGCAGACAGAAGAUGAUCGCUCAAAGUCCGCCCCCGCAUCCCCAUGUGACCAAGACGUGAAGGAGCUGGAGAACAUUCGAAAAGCUCUGUCCUUCGACCAGCGCGGUGAUGAGCUGACCACGCUUUCCUCCUCCUCCUCCAUCGCCACGGUAACCUGUGACACCCUCGAAGGAGAAGGUGAAGGCAACAGCGUGAGCGGGGACGCCGAGGAAACCCAGGAGAACGGAGACGUCAAAGCUGCUCCAGAGACGAAGCGGAUGAACCUGCACGACUUCGUGUUCAUCAAAGUUCUGGGGAAGGGCAGCUUUGGGAAGGUGAUGCUGGCGGAGCUGAAAGGCACAGACGAAGUUUACGCCGUCAAAGUCCUGAAGAAAGACGUGAUCCUGCAGGACGACGACGUGGACUGCACCAUGACGGAGAAGAGGAUUCUGGCGCUGGCCAGGAAACACCCCUACCUGACGCAGCUGUUCUGCUGCUUCCAGACUAAAGACCGUUUAUUCUUUGUGAUGGAGUACGUAAAUGGCGGCGACCUGAUGUUCCAGAUCCAGCGGUCGCGGAAGUUUGACGAAGCUCGAUCUCGUUUCUACGCCGCCGAGGUCACCUCUGCGCUGAUGUUCUUGCACCGCCAUGGAGUUGUUUACAGAGACCUGAAGCUGGACAACAUCUUGUUGGAUGCAGAAGGACACUGCAAGCUGGCUGACUUUGGGAUGUGCAAAGAGGGAAUCCUCAACGGAGUUACCACCACCACCUUCUGCGGGACGCCCGAUUACAUCGCUCCAGAGAUCCUCCAGGAGCUGGAUUACGGCCCGUCGGUUGACUGGUGGGCUCUGGGGGUGCUGAUGUACGAAAUGAUGGCCGGGCAGCCUCCGUUUGAAGCCGAUAAUGAAGACGACCUGUUCGAGUCCAUCCUCCAUGAUGACGUGUUGUAUCCAGUGUGGCUCAGCAAGGAGGCCGUGUCCAUCCUGAGAGCGUUCAUGACAAAAAGUCCCAGCAAGCGUUUGGGCUGCGUGGCGGCUCAGGGCCUGGAGGAGGCCAUCAAAGCUCACCCGUUCUUCAGAGAGAUCGACUGGACGCUGCUGGAGGAGAGGAAGGUCAAACCGCCUUUCAAGCCUCGCAUUAAAACCAAAAGGGACGUCAAUAACUUUGACCAGGACUUCACGCGCGAGGAGCCGGUUCUGACGCCUGUGGACGACACCAUCGUCAAGCAGAUCAACCAAGAUGAGUUCAAAGGAUUCUCCUACUUUGGGGAUGAGGCUUAAACGCGGAGAAGGUCUCAGCGUUUGAAGGAAACCCAGCUUCCUCCUCAGUGUUAGUCUCCAGGAGUCCUAUUAGUAACUCCCACGGAUCCGUGCUCGUGUCGCUUGUCCAUCCGUACGUGUAUGCUGAAACCGUAGCAUGAAAGUGCAGGCUGGCUGUGGCGGACAGAACCAGACGCACGGACCGGGCUGUGGGGCGGUUCGAGUGUGCAUGUGCUGCUUUAUACCUCAAAAGAAAACGUCAUUUCUUCACCAGAACAUGCUGUAUCCUUUCUGUGCUCCAAAAAUGUUCCCUAAAACCUGUAUGUGGAAAACAACAAAACAUGAUUGUAUUUAGACAUUUUUGCUUGAUUCGGUGUGGAAGAACAUGGAGAGGAACCAGAAUUGGUUAGGUGGAAGCACCACAUCAGAGGAGCUUUAAUUUAGCUUUUUAAAGUUAUUAUUAUAGAGAAAAAGCUGCACGCUGUGUCUUCAUUUUAUCAUGUGAAAAUACUGAUGUUAAGCUUGUUCAUCCUGAUCCACACAGUACUUUUAACCACAAACUAGCAGACCUAGAGUAGCUGAACACUGGGAGGGUCUGUUGUUAGCAGUGUUACUGUUUUCAGUUUAACGUCAGACUCGACACCAACAGGUAACGUCCUGAAGGCUGAACUCCUGAAAUUGUUCAAGCGGCCUGAAUGACGAAGCAGGAGAGGAAGAUGCUGCAAAUUCAGACUCGGUCGACACUCGCUCAGCUUCUGCACUAGGAAUUUCAGGUCAGCAGUUUGACCCACUUUCCUCGUGUUGUCCUCAACUCAAACAAAACCGAUUCUGUUCUGUUUUUGACAUGUUGUUCUUAGCGUUUGUCUGAUGAUGGAGGAAUCAAACUGUGUUUGCUAUGUAAAAAAACACAGUGGGCGGAGCCUCAAGAUAACUAGCUCCGCCCCAUUCGGAUGCAUCCACCUGUCUACGACUAAAACCAUGCACGUCUUUGUUUUCCUCGUCUGAUCUAGAUAGACCUGGAGAGCUCUGAUAUUUCUCAACGUUUUUGUUGCACCGCUAACGUUAGCUUGGAGUUGUGAGGGGCUGUAAGCUAGCAGGAGGGAGUGCAAACAAAGGAAUGAUGGGAUAUCAGCAGAGGGUUACUUAACCGGCAGAAAAUACAUCUUUAAAAACUGCACAGGCUCUUGGAUUUUGGCUAAUUUAGAUCAUAACUAAAUGGGGAUGUGAGCUAGUGGAAGAGCGUGUGAAUAGAUGGAUGAUGGGAAAUAGGGGCAGGCUUACUCCGCACCAAUGGUCCCGCCCACAAUUAAGAAGCAAAUUUCUAAUGAACUCCUGCUGCUCUGCAGAAAGUGUCUUAAAAAAACGACAGUGUUUUGGAUAUGGCUAACAAUGUUAUACGUCUUAAAAAAUGACAGUUUUUUUUUUUGUUUUAUUUUCGCUAAAAUUGUUAUAAUCAUAAUGAAAUAUGGGGCUGUAAGCUAGUGGGAGAGCGUGUGAAUUGAUGGUUAACGGGCAUUGUACUCCGCAC